AUGAUAGAGCUAUUUCUUGGUGAGGUUCAAAGGAUUGGUCAACCUGAUUAUAUCCCAAACAAGACUGAUGUCUUAAUGGCACGUACAAAGACAACAUGUAUCUCUAAAACUAAAUUUGAAUCCGGUCAACUUUCAAUUCAUAUGUUUGAUGUGGGUGGACAAAGAUCAGAAAGGAAAAAAUGGAAUCAAAUGGUAAAAUCAUUAGUCUUAUUUCAAUCAAUUGAUUUCCUCAAAGCUAAACUACCUAAAGUUCCGCUCAAACAUUAUUUUCCUGAAUAUACCGCUGGGAAUGAUGUUAAUAAAGCACCAAAUUAUAUUUAA